CUGAUCGAGCCCGAAGGGCGUAUCCGAGUAUGAUACGGGCGGGUACCAGUGGGAAUGCGGAGUGAUAGCGAGGAGAGUGCGCCUUGGUAUUGCUGGUUAGCGGCUUGGUAUCUUCACUGCCGCCGCAACUUCCACUGAUUUUCUGGAUUUCUAAUUUUCUUUGUGAAAUGUCAAUUUUUCUGGUCUAGAUCUGUUGCUCCGUGUGUACUUGUGUGAGUGUUUGUGAACUGAAUAACUCUAUAAGCUAUGGGUGGAUCUUAAUGUAAUUUGAUACGCGGGUAGAGGUUCUGGAAACGAAGGUCAAGUUCAAAAUGGGAAACAUCCGUUCUGUGACUAUGUUGAACUGAUGUUUUGAAAAUUCUUUUGGGAGACAGCUUCAGAAGCAGGCAGUUGUCCAGCCAUGUCGCUUAUCUACGAUAUCCCAGGUCUGCUCGACUUCUCAACACUUCUGCUGGGAAUUGUCGUGUUUCUGAUGACGUAUGCCUACGUCACACGGCCCAAGAAUCUGCCGCCAGGACCAUGGAGUUUGCCCAUUGUCGGAAAUCUGCCAACGUUGAUACUGGCCAAAGGAAAGAUCCAUCAUACAUUCGGCGAGUGGCGAAAGAAAUAUGGUGCAAUCGUUUUCUUUAAGAUCGGGACUCUGAACGCCGUUUGCCUCAACGACUAUGACGUCAUCAGAGAAGCAUACGUAAGAAGAUCCGACAUGUUUGGGAAUCGACCGACAAAUCUGCGAGUCGUCAAUGAACUCUUCGACCAAAAAGGAAUCCUCUCCGCCUCACUUAGCCCCCAGUGGCAGGAACGACGAAAGUUUGUAAGAGGGGGGCUUGGGUUCGGAAACCGCGGCAUCGAAGACAAGGUCUUGGAAGAGGCCUUAAACAUGCAGACAGAACUACUCAAGACGAAGAGUAAGUCUUUUAACAUCAGAAGAAUGCUGCAACAAGCUGUCACCAAUGUGCUGUGCUCCAUGUUGUUCGGAAAGCGGUGGGACUACGAGAGCCAGACAUUCCAGGACCUCAUGGAAUCUCUGGAUGUUGUCUUCCACCGCUCGAGUAUUUUCUUCGUCCAGGAGAACGUCUUUCCGUAUGUUCCAUGGUUCCUUAAACGUGGCGACAAGAAAAAAGCACGUUUAGAGCGCAUCUUGGAGCAUGUGAGAGCUGAGAUCAAAGAGCACAAAGAGACCUUCAAUCGGGACGACAUCCGUGACUUCAUCGACGCCUUCCUGUUGGAGAUGCUGAAUCGGCCAGACACAUGUACUGAUCCUGACGACGGUGCCUUCACAGACAGGCAUCUAGAGAUCACGGUGCUGGACCUGUUCCUGGCCGGCACAGAGACCGUCUCCACUGCCCUGUGGUGGGCCUGUCUGCUGCUGAUACUCAACCCGGACAUACAGCACAAGGUACAAGAGGAGAUUGAAGAGGUCAUAGGCCGAGAAGGAAGGCCAACCAUGGCUCUGCGGACCCAGAUGCCGUACACCACGGCAACAGUGACCGAGAUACAGCGUUACAGGUCCGCUUCAACUAUUGGCAUUCCCCAUGCGGUGCCUCGAGACACAGACUUUUACGGUUACACCAUACCGAAAGACACCCUCGUCUUCGGCGGCCAAUGGCAGGUUCAUCACGACCCGGAACUGUUCCCAGACCCAGAAAAGUUCAACCCCGGGCGGUUCAUCGAUAGUGACGGGAAGUUCAAGAAGGACGAGCAUAUGAUGCCCUUUUCUAUGGGUCCACGCACCUGUGUGGGUAAGCCUUUGGCCGAUGUUGAAGUGUUUCUGCUGCUCACCUUCCUUUUCCAGCGUUUCAACUUUGAGCUGCCAGAGGGCGCUCGUACACCAUCUGAUGAAGGCAUUAUGGGGAUUUCUCAAGCACCAGCGCCGUAUGAACUCGUGGCUAUUCCGCGUGAUUGAAAAUCCGUUACUAGCUUCGCCAAGAAGAAAGCAUGAGUCAAGAAGUUUGAAAUCCAUGGUUUCUAGUAGAUGCUGGCAAGUUGGAAGUUGUUUACUGGCGGCUAUCCAUGGAAUUGCAGCAGAAAUAUUGAUCUCGAUAAGUCAUGUUCCAGACAUGCUACUGUCAUUAUUUUUUUUAGUUAUUAUAUUAUCUCAAUCAAAACAACUUGUACUGCUAACUGUAACAUUCCGGAAAAAACACUUGAAGGUAAGCUUUGCGAGACUGAGGUACUUCUUUAAACAUGCAUAUUAAGGGUCUAGUUGAAGGACGAAACUAAUGGUUAGCGUACUACAUUUUAAUACAAAAUGUACUACUGAAGUAUAUCAAAGAAUUAUGUUAGCCCU